AUUCGACAAUGCAAUAACAUUGCUCACUUGGUAGCAUGGCCGAACCGUCAGAUCUCAGCGAGGAGGUGCAUCUGGCCGAUGUAGCUGCAGCAAUUCAACCAUGGCAAACUCCUUCGAUCGUUUCGCUGCCCACUGAGACCCUUCUCGAGAUCUUCAAGCUGGUAUCUCUUGACCCACGCUACGACAUUAACGGGCGAAUCGGCACAGUUUGCGAAGUCAUGCAAGACUUUGCCUCCGUUUGCCCCAAGUUCUUCGACGUUUUGACUCUAGUCCCAGAGUACUGGACUUUCAUUGGCUUACGACCAUUGCGAAGUUCACGGUGUCGUUCAUUUUUUGCCGAGUAUCCCUCACUUCUUGAGAGGAUCUUCGAGGCAUCUCGGGACCUUCAAUUCGAGAUCGCCGUCUACAACCCACGAGAGGUCGCGCUGGACAGGCUAAAGAAAGAGACAGAGCGUUUGCAGGUAACCAGGAUUGUCAAGGCUUUAUCCCUACACUUAUCCAGGUGCACUUGUCUUCAUGUCGAAACUCGCUAUCGCUCAUCCAUCCUAAACUCCAUCCCACACCUUUCGGGGCUGGCUGCGCCCAAUCUCCGUCGCUUCCAGCUCAUCUCGGGGGAGGCAGACAGCACCGACGGGCUUCGGCUGGAUUCCCUCAACUUGCCUCGUCUCCGCUAUCUCACGAUCGAUACUUGCAGCUUUAUCAACCUUUCUUCAGCAACGAUGAGCGCCUCCCAUGAAGGAGAGGAAACGUCGCUCUACGUCCAUCUUAUGCCGUUCUCUUCUUCGUUAUCAGCAGAUGCUGUCCUUCAUGCAUUGACUGCGCUUGACAAACGGUACACGAUUGUGGACCUGUUUAUGGAACACCACUUGUUUGAUGGUCCCCCACAGAAUCUACCAGUUCCAAUCCGUCACUUCUCAAGUAUUGCUUUUGCAGACAUCCGCGAUAACAUGGGCUUCUUUCCUGCGCUCCUGUCAAACUUCCGCUCGACAGAUACCGUCACCUUCCACACGUGCCAUUUGUUCUGCCCCAUGACUAUCGACGCCGACCGUCUUCUGCUAAACCAGAUAAGCAAAGACAGCGAUCUCAGACACGCGCUAUCUAGCUGGACCGGUACACAACUGCACGUCACCUGUUGUAAGUCGUUCAACGAUGACUUGCUUGACGCUAUGGCGAUACUUGGAACCACUGCAGAAAAAAGAAGUGUCUUGUGUCCGCGGUUGGAGACACUCAUAAUCGAAGAUUGCGAAUGCUUCUCGUACGACAGCUUACUGCGCAUGGUCGAGGCUCGGGAGCCCCCGCUUCUGACCCUUGACAUCAGAGGUAAUACGUGCAAAAUGGAUUAUUCAGCUGCCCGCACUCUAGGGCACUCUGUGGAUGAGAUACAUUUUGAGACAGCAAAUGUUAUAAUGGAUGAUUAUUAA